AUGUUAGACGUGCUCACUUACCCUUACCCAGCGGCGUUUCAUUACCACUUCGGGGCUUUGGACGACGCGCAGAACGAAUUAUCUAAGUCUAUGGAUAACCUCUUUGCCACUGCCCGCGCCUGCCCCCCGAAAUGGAACGUCCUUUUCAAAGCCUUAUGGCGCUACAUACCCACACCCAUUCUCAGAUUCGUUGAGUAUAUACCAACGAAGGAGUUUCUCCGAUUCCGACAUUUCAAGACUGUGUCCCGGAGAGUCGCUAAGGAACUGGUUACUCAGAAGAUAUCAAGUAUGGAAAUUACCCCAGAGAAUGAACCCCGACGGGAUUUCAUGAGUGUAUUAUUCCGGGCUAACGCCUCGGAAGACCCUCAGUACCGACUGGACGAAGACGAAGUAUUGUCACAAAUGGGGACAAUUAUCUUAGCCGGACACGAUACUGUGGCGUCUUCGCUGAGCUGGAUGUUAUACGAGCUCGCUAAACAUCCGGACGACCAGAAGAGGAUAAGGGAAGAGAUUCGAGCACUGCGAGCUCAGCUCCCAGCUGAAGCAGCCUUCACCAUCGCCGACCUAGAUUCCUUGUCAUACACCAAUGCCACCAUCAAGGUAUGGUUGGGUUUCCGACACAUUCUGUCUCUGAACAUUUACCCAAUUGACUCUCUACAGGAAACCCUGCGUUUUCACCCUAUUCUUCCUGCAAUAUCCCGCACGGCAGAGGAAGAUGAUAUAGUUCCUUUGGCUGUGCCUGUAGUCACUAGUGACGGGCAAACCAUCAAGGAACUCCAUGUAAGUAAGGGCCAGGACUUCUCAAUAUCUAUCUGUGGAUACAACAGACUGCGGUCUGUCUGGGGGGACGACGCAGAAUCCUGGAACCCUCAAAGGUUUCUCGAGAUGUCGAAGGAGAAACAGACUACGGUUGGAGUCUAUGCGAACUUCGUCAUAGAGCUACAAGCUCUCUUGGUAGAAAUAAUGGAAAAGUUCGAAUUCUCGGUGCCCGAGGGCGUGGAAAUAUUACGGCUUCCAGCCGGAUUCAUGGUCCCUGUGGUCAAAGGGAAAAUGAGCGAAGGAACUCAGAUGCCGCUUCUCGUUUCUUUGGUAGAGUGA